AAAAAUGCGCGACGCCGCCAAUGAGGACAACAUCACAACUGGGGUCACUCCAUCCCAGACACAGAGACAAACAUCGCGGGAGCGGGAGCGGGAAACGGAGCGCACAGCGUUGGCGCAACGGCAACUGACGCGACGCUUUCUCAUCGAGCUGCUGAUCGUGACGGUGCUGGUGAUACCGAUCUGCAUCUUUGAGUUCGCCGUGGAGCCAGUGCGACGUGGCUUCUUCUGUGACGAUGAGAGCAUACGAUAUCCCUUCCACGACAAUACAGUGACGCCAGUGAUGCUGGGACUCCUCGUUGGAGCGUUGCCUCUGCUCAUCCUUGUACUUGUAGAGUAUGUACGAUCGAUGCGUGCUGGAGAAUUGGCGACGACAGUGCAGCUCUUUGGCUGGCAGAUGUCCGCCUGGUAUGUGGAACUGGGUAGACAAUUUGCCUACUUUGGCUUUGGCAUGCUGCUCACCUUUGAUGCCACCGAGGUGGGCAAGUACACGAUUGGAAGGCUGAGGCCACACUUUAUUGCCGUGUGUCAGCCGCAGCUGAGCGAUGGCAGCUUGUGCACGGAUCCCAUCAAUCUGCAUCGCUAUGUGGAGAACUACGAGUGUGCCGGCGAAGGUUACACCAUUGCAGAUGUCCGACAGACGAGGCUUAGCUUCCCCAGCGGCCAUUCGAGUCUCUCCUUCUAUGCCCUGCUCUAUGUGGCGCUCUAUUUGCAGCGGAAACUCACGUGGAGCAGCUCGAAGCUGGCGCGGCACUUUCUCCAAUUUAUGCUCAUCAUGUUGGCCUGGUACACCGCACUCAGCCGGGUCAUGGACAGCUGGCAUCAUUGGUCGGAUGUGUUGGCGGGAUCGUUAAUUGGCGUCGCCGGCGCAUUGAUCACAGCCCAUUACAUCGCUCACUUCUUCAAGCCGCAGUUUCAUGAUGUUGUGCUAGGCUCUGGACUGAGGCGAGAGAAUACAUCGGCCACGCUGCAGGAGGAGGUUUGCCCCGCCACCCCGCCGCCAUAUUGUGUGAACAGCAACUAUAAUGACGAUCAGUAUUGUACCAAAGUAUAAGGCGCAGUUGGCAGAGAUACGAGAUGUGCGAGAUAAAGUGAAAAAUCCACAAAAAUAAAAAACAUUCCAUACCAAAUACAAGAUAGUUAACUUAGUUUAUAGCAAACGCGCCCGUGCUAUUAAUAAAAGAGUUACCUGUGAAGCAAAAUCAAA